AUUUGAAUCUUUUGUAAUGUCCUACUGUAAUGUUAUUACUUAUUUUAGUAUAUUUACUGAUAAAUUUCACAUUAGGUAAUCCUGGAGAAUCACUAAAAAAUUCUGGAACAUGUUUAUUCAAGAAACAAGAUAUUAAUAGUAAACGCUGCUGGUCAGAAAAGGAAGUAGCAAUAUUACAAGCUCGUAAAAUAUUUGAGAACCUCACGAUGCAGCAGAUAUCACCAGAUGAGAUUGAUAGCAAAUACAUAAAACGUACACUUAAGUUCUUUCGUAAGUCUUUAAAAGAAGUGGAUAAAAUUAAGAAUAUAGAAACUCGUGAUAUAUUGCAGAAGUCACUAGCGGACACGCUCGGGGCGCACCUGCGGGCGCAGCUGCUGCCGGCCGCGCGGCUCGCCUACUACGCGGGCUACGUGCCCUACCGCGGCGUGCGGCGGCUGCACGACCUCUAUGAUGAAAUCAAAUCUAGAUUAAAUACUCAAGGCUUGGGGUGGAAGAAACCCGACACAGAGCCUCGGUGGGGCAACUUAACAGUGGCCAAGUUAAUGCUAGGUACCGAUACAGUUUUCAAUCCGUGCAGAAGUUUGAUCAUAAAGAGAGACAAGAAUAACUGCAUACAUUUGCCGCUGCCGAAGCUGGACGACGAGGAGGCUCCGUCGGCGCUGGCGCUGCCGUGGCGCGCGGGCGGGCUGGCGCGGCUGGCGGCGGCGCGGGCCGACGGCGCGCUGCUGCAGUACUACGUGUCGGCGGCGCGCUGCGUGCUGCGCCGCUCGCCCGCGCCGUGCCGCCACGACGACUUCGUUAGCUUCAACGCGGAGCUGUGGGACUGGGUGCGGCGCGCCGUGGCCCCGCGGCUGGCGGACGAGCGGCUGUACGCGGCGUACGGCGGCGCGCUGCGCGUGGCGGGCGCGGCGCGGCGGUACGCGGGGCGCGGGGAGCGGGGGAACCUGUUCGAGGUGGAGGAGAGGGCGAGCGCGGGGCGGCCGGCGUGGCGCGCGCUGGAGGCGGCCUGCCCCGCGCCGCGCGCCGCCGGGCCCGCGCUGCUGGCCGGCUGCAUCCUGCUGGCCGCCGUCGCCGUCGCCAUCCUGCAGUGCUGCUACAACUACAUGUUCGGGGACGCCAUGGGCUGCCACUGCCACUGGCCGGCGGACGCGCCGCCCUCCACCGCGUCGAUGCUGCAGCGGCAGGUGACGUGCGCGAGGGUGGAGCGGGGCGGGGGGCGGGCGGGCAGCUCGCUGCAGCGCGUGUUCGACCUGAACGCGAACGCGGAGCGCGUGAUGGAGGUGGCGGAGUGCGCGCGCGCGGUGUCGCGCGGCACGUCGCCGCCGCGGCUGCAGGCGCGCGUGUCGGCGCACCGCCCGCCGCCCCGCGCCGCGCCGCCCCGCGCCCCGCCGCCCCGCCCCCGCUCGCCCUCCAGCUCGUCCAGCAGCUCAUCGUCCAGCUCGAGCUCGCGCGGCGCGUCGUGGGCGGGCCGCGUGCUGCGCCUGCCCCGCCCCGCCCCCCGCCGCCCCGCGCCCGCCUCCUCCGCCUCCUCGCAGCUCCACGACUACACGAGCCGCACCUCGCUCACCUCGCACAGGUAGCACACAUUUAUAGGUAUUUAUUUUUAAAGAGUAUAUUUGUUAUAAGAAUGUUGUUAUCGUUUAGUAUGUCGUUUAAGUUUCUUAGAAAUAAUAUAUAACUAAUUUAUAUGUACAUAUCGCAUGGAGUAUUAUUUAAUAAAAAUGGCUAAUGAUU